AUGGCCGCGCCAGGUGGCCCUUCAAGCGGGGUUAAUCUCUUGGUCACAAUUAAGUCGUUCAUUUCGCUUCCAAAGGCUCUUGGUCGUAUCUUGGUCGUUUGCGGCCUUUUGCACGAGGGUGUGUCGUUUGGUUUUGGCGAUACAACGUCCACUUCCAGCGGCCUGAUUAGAGGCCACAAAUCGCCAUCGCGUCCUGAUGUGAUCGAAUAUCUUGGUAUCAGAUAUGCUCAGUCUCCGGUGGGCAGUCUUCGUUUUGCAAAGCCAUUGGCAUACACUUCAGAUCAGUUCUUUGAAGCGUUGAGUUUUGAUUCAAGAGACUGCCCUCAAAACCCGUCACAGCCAGUGGAGUAUCCAAAUGCCACGAAUAUACAGAAGACAAUUAUCGCGAAUUUCGCUGGCCAAACUGGCAAUGAACAAAGCGAAGACUCAACAAGUGCGUCAAAGAAGCCUGUUGUGGUCUGGAUCCAUGGCGGAAGAUUCACUGCGGGUAGUAUCAACAAUAAAUUCUACCAAGGACAAUACAUUGCAGACCAAGAAGACGUCGUUGUUGUCUCCAUAGGCUAUCGCUUGAAUAUCUUCGGUUUCUCCGGAGCCCCUGGGCAGCCACAAAAUGUUGGUUUGCUUGACCAGCGCAUGGCUCUAGAGUGGAUUCGUGAUAAUAUUGCUGGCUUCGGAGGAGACCCAGAGUGCAUCACCAUUUUUGGACAGUCUGCCGGUGGUGUGGCAGUGGACUACUACUCGUAUGCAUAUACCAAUGACCCAAUUGUUAGCGGCCUAAUUUCGAUGGCUGGAACCGCGCUUAGCAUGAAGCCGAAUACGAUGAAGCAGUCGGCAAGGUAUUGGUAUACGGCAGCGUUAGCGCUUGGAUGCGGCGGUCGUGGCGAUGUCUUAGAUUGUAUGAGAUCGAAGAGUCCGUCCGAAAUUCUGGAUACAGUCACGAAGGUUCCUCCGGAGCCUAGUAAAGCCCUUGCGCAGCCUGUGUUCCAUCCCACCGUUGACAAUAUGAUAGUGUUCUCCGAUUAUGAGGCACUAUCUGCCCAGGGUAAAUUUGCAAAACUGCCGAUGCUGGUUGGUAAUGCAGAUUAUGAAGCUGGAUUUUACAGAAUCUCCGCAUUUGCUACCAACUUAACCCUGACAGAUACGCAGUGGCACCUGUUGAAUCUUGCCGGUUUCACCUGCGCUGGGGACCGUACGGCAGGCUAUCGAGCCAGCCACCGUGUUCCUGUUUGGAGAUACCGAUAUUAUGGCGAAUGGCCCAAUACUACCAUGUAUCCAGGAAGCGGAGCAUACCAUGGAACGGACGUAGGACAGGUGUUUGAAACAGCGGAAGAUGUCAGUGGAGGUAUUAGGAAUACAGAAUCCGAGCGAGAAGUCUCGUCGUAUAUGGUGCAUGCAUGGGCAAUGUUCGCAAGGAAUCCUCAAAGUGGUCUGGAUGAGUUGGGAUGGCCUAAGUAUACUGCAGAAGAGCAACCUCAAAAGUUCACCGCCCUCGCUUUUAAAAAUGACCCGAAAAUCACCAUCCUGCCCUCGGGGGAAACCGAUGCUGGAUGCGCAGUCCUGGGCACGGACACUUCUUAUGCCAAAGGUGCAUUUUGA